CGAGCCGUUCGUUCGAAACCGACUUUGGAUUGAUUUCACAGUGCGAAACUGCGAACGAGGAAAAGCGAUAAUUGAUUCGGGGCUAUUCGUGCAAGGGAUACUCUCUCGUCGCUCUCGUAACGAAAGAAAGCGCAAAGUAAAGUACCCCACACAAGUUUAACAUAUAAAGAGCCGAAGCGCGUGCUGCUCCGAAAUAAAAGGGAAGGAGGAGCAGUAUAGAAGGAAGUCUCUCUCUGGGCCCUGGGCGCUGGCACAUAUUUUUCUCUCUCCUUUCAAUAUAUCCUCUCUGUCUUUUCUCUGGGGCCAUAAAGCGUAGGCUAGGUUCCUCUGUUUGUUGAGUGCAUUCCAAGAAGGCAGCAGGACUCGAGCUGUUGUUGAAACGCUGUGUCCUCCGGGGAACGAAAAAAACAUCACCGAGGAAAGUUAACUGCUGCAAAACGGAGCAGUGUGUUUCUGUGUGCUUGUAUUAUAUAUAUAUAUAUAUUUUUUUAUAUAUACAGAGGGUUCGCGCGGCAGCGGCUAUGUUUUUUGAUAUGUAUGUACUGUAUAUAUAGUUAUAGUGGCUGUGUUGUAGUCGAUUGACGACGACCGUCGGUGUGCGAGGAUACAUACGCGCACACAAUCACACGGAGCUUCAGAUGAAAGUUAGCUAAAGAUGAGCACAGCUUCGGGUAGAUGAAGGCCUCGUCGCCAGUGGGGAAUUAAGGUUAUGUAAAAUGUAGAUAUAUCACACAUACUAUACUGGCAAGAGGAAAAAAGAAAGAGAUCAUCUAUCAUUGUAAAUACAUACGAAGAUCGAGAGGGUAAGAAUCCCUCGAGGAGCUAGGACGCCGGGAGCAGUAGUGAAGAAAAACCAACGUGAACGUGAACGUUGCCCAUGGACUGUUCACUGAACGAGAUUACUUGGUAGUAGUGGUAUUGGUGGUAGUGAGUAGUGUGCAUGGAGAGCGUGUGCGAGCCGCCUCCGCUGCUGAGCUGAUCAUCAUCAUCUAUGGAUCGCGAGCUCGGCGCCCCAGUGCUACUACUGCUUCUGCUGCUACUGCUGACCGCGACAAAAAUAAUGCGCGCACGGGCUUCCUUCAAAUGGAGCACAGUGAUACAACCGCUAAUGUUUCAGCUAGCCGGUGACGUGAAAAAGCUAUCGCUAUUACCGUCGAUGAAGCCGUCGUCUUCGUCGUUGUCGUCGUUGUUGUUGUUUUGUCGCGCUUACUAAUAGGACCAGCUAACUAGCCGGUCAUCUAGACAGACAGACAAACAGCUAUAGCUAGCUAGCCGUCUUAGCGUUAAUGAGCCGAAAAGUGAGUAAAACGCAGCUACAGGCCCGCGCUACGUACAAAGGUGCGCCUCCUCCUUGCAGGGAUGCUGCCACUGCUACAGCCGCUGCUGGCGUCGUCGGUGCCGCUGUGAGCCUCGACGCCGCUGCACAGGCUGGCACUGGUGCCAGUAGCGGUGGCAAAAAGCCAAAACGGUCCUCGUCGGGCCGUGGAGGAGGAGGAGGAGUACACCAGCCUUCACCAAUGCCGCCACCGCAGGUACCACCCAACCAGAUGGGUCCGCCCCAGCAGGCGCCCUCGCCAUCCAAUCAUCCUCAUAGUCCGGCGCCUGGCUAUCAGGAGGGCCCACCACCCCAGCAGCAGCCCAUGUCUCAGCAGACUCCUCCACCACCACCCAUGUUUCCUCCACAGCAUCCUGGGCAACCACCUCAAGGAUAUGGUCCUCCACCACCACAGCCUCAUCAACAACCACCACAGAAUUAUCCUCAUCCCCAACAAAUGCCACCAAACAUGCCGCCACAGCAUCAUCCUCACAGUCCUUCACCGGGAUAUGAAAAUGUCCAGUCUUCUCAAAUGCAAGGAGUGCCUCAGCAAGGGAGUUACCUUACCCAGCACCCGUCGCAUCAAGUUCCUCAUCACCCGCAAUCUCAUCAUCCACAGUCUCAUCAACCGCCGCAUCAAGGACCUCACCAAAGCCCGCACCAAGGUCCUUAUCAAGGACCCCACCAAAGCCCUCACCAAGGUCCACAUGCAGGGCCUCAUCAAGGAUCACAAAGUAUGGGAAAUCAUCAAGGACCUCACCAAAGCCCGCACCAAGGUCCACAUCCAGGGCCACAUCAAGGAUCACAUCAAAGUCCACAUCAUCAGAGUCAACAUCAUCAAGUACCUCAUCAAAGCCCACACCAAGGUCCGCACCCAGGACCACAUCAAGGACCACACCAAAGUCCGCACCAAGGUCCACACCCAGGACCACAUCAAGGAUCACAUCAAAGUCCACAUCAUCAAAGUCAACAUCAUCAGGGUCCACACCAGAGUCCUCACCAAGGUCCUCAUCAAAGCCCACAUCAAAGUCCACAUCAAAGCCCGCAACCUGGAGCUCCACAAGGUCCACCACAUCAAAGCCCGCAUCCAGGACCUCCACAAGGGCCACAUCAGAGUCCUUAUCAAGGUCUUCCACAAGGACCGCAUCAAAGUCCGCAUGUAGGGCCUUCCCAAGAACCACAUCAAAGCCCGCAUCCAGGACCUACACAAGAACAACAUCAAAGCCCGCAUCCAGGACCUCCUCAAGGACCACAUCAAAGCCCACACCCAGGAGGACCUCCCCAAGGACCACAUCAAAGUCCACACUCGGGACCUCCGCAAGUACCACAUCAAAGUCCACACUCAGGGCCACAUCAGAGUCCUUACCAUGGGCCGCACCAAAGUCCGCACCAAGGUUCACAUGCAGGGCCGCAUCAAGGACCACAAAGUAUGGGAAACCAACAAAUGUCGGUCGGCUCGGGCAGUUCAGUCCCUGGUAGUCCAAUGAGUGCUGGUGUCCCAGGAGGUCCGAUGGGUGCUAGCGGUGUCAGUGGCCCAAUGAGUUCUGGAGGGCCUGGUCCUAUGAACGCGGGAGUUCCUGCUGGUCCUAUGAACACGGGAGGUCCCGGUGGUCCUAUGAAUGCAGCAGGACCAAUGGGUGCUAGUGGUCCAAUGGGCGCCACAGGUCAAAUGGGUUCAACGGGUCCUAUGGGUGCCUCAGUUCCUCCUGGAGGUCCUGGAAUGGGGACAAUGGGCAGUCCCAUGAAUGCGAUCGGUCCUGGAGGAUCUAUGAAUGCUACUGGACCUGGUGGAUCGAUGGGUUCUAGUGGCCCCAUGAGUUCUGGUGUUCCUGGAGGGCCGAUGGGUGCACCUGGCGUUCCUGGAGGUCCGAUGGGCCCCGGGCAUAUCAGUCCCAACACGCAGAACGGCCCUCCUGUGUCUAGCCCUGGUAUGCCUGGUAAUAGUCCUGGCAGUAUGCCUGGUCCGGGACCUGGGCCCGGUCCGGCGCCUGUACCUGGUCAAGGCCAAGAAAAUUUAAAUGCAAUACAAAAAGUGAUAAAUCAAAUGGAAAAGAAGGGACUGCAGGAGGAUCCUCGCUAUUUGCAACUUCUUGCUUUAAGAGCAAGACAGGGCAGCAAUGAAAAUCAACUCUUUAGUCCGCAACAGCUGCAACAAUUCCACGCCCAAAUAAUGGCGUAUCGUGCGCUAUCACGCAACCAGCCGCUGAGCCCGCAGCAAAUGAUGGCCGUGCAAGGUAUCAAUCAGCGACCGGUUGAUCCAACGCAAGCUGGACCCAUGGUCCCAGCUGGCCCACCAGGCGGGCCGCCUCCACCGCCACCUCCACCUCCACAUGCAGUCAUGGGCGUGCCGCCGGGAUUCGCUGGGCCGCCACGAAUGAUGGGUCCUGCUGGUCCGCAGCCGAACCAGAUGCCACCGCCUCCGCAGCAGGGUCCUCAACAACAAGGGCCGAGUCCUCAACAGCAAGGACCACAGCCCAGUGGUGCCAAAACGAAUCGAGUGACAACUCUGCCGAGGCCAGUCGGCAUCGAUCCUCUUGGCAUACUGGAUGAACGAGAGACUCGCGUCGCGCAGAGAAUCGCCUUGCGAAUCCAGCAGCUUGAGAGUUUGCCGCCCAACUUGUCCGACGAGGUGCGCACCCAAGCGCAAAUCGAGCUGCGCAUGUUGCGCGUACUGCAUCUACAACGGCAGCUUAGAUCGGAAAUUCUGGCCAAUACUCGGCGAGACACGACCCUGGAAACUGGCGUUAACUUGAAGGCCUAUAAGCGCGUAAAACGUCAAGAUCUGCGGGAAUCACGAGCCACGGAGAAGCUUGAGAAGCAGCAAAAAUUGGAAGCUGAAAGAAAGCGCAAGCAAAAGCACCAAGAGUUCCUGUCGUCGGUGCUACAGCAUGGUAAAGAUCUCAAGGAGUUUCAUCGAAACAAUAUUGCCAAGCUGUCUAGGCUUAACAAGGCCAUAAUGAAUUAUCACGUAAAUGCCGAAAGAGAACAAAAGAAGGAGCAGGAGAGGAUAGAGAAAGAACGUAUGCGACGCCUCAUGGCAGAGGACGAGGAGGGUUACAGAAAGCUCAUCGAUCAAAAGAAAGAUAAACGUCUUGCUUUCCUUCUAUCUCAAACUGAUGAGUAUAUUGGAAAUCUCACAGAGAUGGUCAAACAGCACAAGAUGGAACAAAAAAAGAAGCAAGUCGAGGAACAAAAGCGCAAGAAGAAAAAAAAGAGGUUGUCGAUGGAAGGCGAGAAUGGCGAGGGAUUCGACGGCGAAGAUGUCCGAGUCGAGGUGAUGGAGACCGCUACUGGUCGUACUUUAAGUGGUGACGAAGCUCCGUUCCUGAGCCAACUGAAUGCAUUUCUCGAAUCGCAUCCGGGCUGGGAGGCUGUAGAGACUGACAGUGAAGAGGACGACGAUGACGAAGACGAAAAUGGCCAAGAGAAUGAAAACGGAAACGAAAACGAUAGAUCAUACGUAGAAGAGUUUAAGCAUAAAAAGACCAUACAGAAGACCAAGGUAGAGGACGACGAGUACAAGACUGAAGAGCAGACGUAUUAUAGUAUCGCUCAUACCGUACAUGAGAGCGUCACGGAGCAGGCAUCUAUCAUGGUAAAUGGUCUGCUAAAAGAAUAUCAAGUCAAAGGCUUAGAGUGGAUGGUGUCGUUGUUCAAUAACAACCUCAAUGGUAUUUUGGCAGACGAGAUGGGUCUCGGUAAAACCAUCCAGACGAUAGCCCUGAUCACGUACCUCAUGGAAAAGAAGAAAGUGAACGGACCUUUCCUCAUCAUUGUUCCUCUGUCGACGCUCUCGAAUUGGAUACUUGAAUUCGAAAAGUGGGCGCCUAGCGUCGUCGUUGUUUCGUACAAAGGAUCUCCGGCCGGUAGGCGAACAAUACAGUCGCAAAUGCGUGCCACCAAGUUUAACGUUUUAUUAACCACGUACGAAUACAUAAUCAAAGACAAAAGUGUCUUAGCUAAGCUCCAGUGGAAGUACAUGAUCAUUGACGAGGGUCACAGAAUGAAAAAUCAUCAUUGUAAAUUAACCCACGUGUUGAACACUCAUUAUAUCGCGCCUCAUCGUUUGUUGCUUACCGGUACGCCCUUGCAAAAUAAGCUUCCCGAGUUGUGGGCUUUAUUAAAUUUCUUGCUCCCGUCUAUCUUCAAAUCCUGUAGUACGUUCGAACAGUGGUUUAACGCGCCUUUCGCCACUACCGGUGAGAAAGUUGAACUUAACGAAGAAGAAACGAUUCUUAUUAUUCGCCGUUUGCAUAAAGUUUUGCGUCCUUUCUUGCUGAGACGCCUCAAGAAGGAAGUUGAGUCUCAGCUGCCUGAUAAAGUAGAGUAUAUUAUUAAAUGUGAUAUGUCGGGUCUGCAAAAGGUGCUCUACAAGCACAUGCAGAGUAAAGGUGUGUUAUUAACUGACGGCUCGGAAAAAGGUAAACGCGGCAAGGGAGGUGCGAAAGCUCUCAUGAACACUAUUGUGCAGCUCCGAAAGCUUUGCAAUCAUCCCUUCAUGUUCCACCACAUUGAAGAAAAAUACUGUGAGUAUUUAGGUAUUCAGGGAAGUGGUGUGAUAACCGGGCCUCUCUUGUACCGCGCGUCUGGCAAAUUCGAAUUGCUGGAUCGAAUUUUACCCAAGCUGAAAGCCACGUCUCAUAGGGUACUAUUGUUCUGUCAAAUGACGCAGCUAAUGACGAUAAUGGAGGACUAUCUGAAUUGGCGCGGAUUCCUGUAUUUAAGAUUAGAUGGAACAACCAAAGCUGAAGAUCGGGGUGAUCUGUUGAAAAAGUUUAACGACCCAGGCUCCGAGUUCUUUCUGUUUAUUUUGUCGACGCGAGCUGGCGGUCUUGGUUUGAAUCUCCAGGCGGCAGAUACUGUAAUUAUUUUUGACUCCGACUGGAAUCCCCACCAAGAUUUGCAAGCGCAGGAUCGAGCUCACCGUAUUGGACAGAAAAACGAAGUAAGAGUACUGCGACUGAUGACCGUAAACUCUGUGGAGGAGCGAAUCUUGGCUGCCGCCAGGUACAAGCUCAACAUGGACGAGAAGGUCAUUCAAGCUGGUAUGUUUGACCAAAAGUCAACGGGCUCGGAGAGACAGCAGUUCCUCCAAAGCAUAUUGCAUCAAGAUGAUGCAGACGACGAGGAGGAAAACGAAGUUCCGGAUGACGAGACGGUCAAUCACAUGAUUGCUAGAAGUGAAACUGAAUUCGAAUCGUUUCAGAAAAUGGACCUGGAAAGAAGACGAGACGAAGCCAAAAUGGGCCCAGCUCGCAAGGGCCGUUUGUUGGAAGAGUCUGAACUGCCUGAAUGGUUAGUGAAAAACGACGACGAAGUAGAAAAAUGUUGUUACGACGAGGAAGAAGACAAAAUCUUAGGUCGAGGCUCGAGGCAGCGUAAAGAAGUCGACUACACCAAUAGUCUCACGGAAAAAGAAUUAUUGAGAGCUAUUGGUGAUGAUGGCGUAGAAUUCGAAGAAGAGGAGGAGGACGAUAAAAAGAAAAAACAGACGAGAAAAAGGAGAAAGAAGGGUGACGAGGACGAGGAGCCCGUUGUAAAGAAGAGGAGAGGUGGCUCAGGCAUCAGUCCUAAGUUAAAGAGGAGUAUGAAAAAAAUCAUCUCCUGCGUGGUGAACUACACGGAUAGUAGUGACGGUCGAGCGCUCAGCGAGCCCUUUAUGGAGCUUCCGUCGCGCCGCGAGUUCCCAGACUAUUACGAUAUUAUAAAGAAGCCGCUGGCCAUCAACAAGCUCAUCCAGAAGAUCGAAGAGGGCAAGUAUACGGACCUUGACGAGCUCGAAAAAGACUUUAUGCAGCUCUGUAAAAACGCACAAAUCUAUAACGAGGAAGCGUCGCUUAUCCACGAGAACUCGAUCGUCCUGCAGUCUGUGUUCACGAACGCCCGAAAGAAGGUCGAGGCCGAGGGCACAGGCUCUGACGACAAUAAGGAUGAGGAUGGCUCCGAUGCCGAGUCCAACGUCAGGAUGAAGAUCAAACUAAAGGGCAGGAAGAGCGAGGGUGGCGGCCGGGGCGGUCGAAGAAAGAGAAUCAGUAAAAAGUGUAUUUCAGACGACGACGACGAUGCUGAUGAUCAUUGAGUGUAUAUAAGCUUUAGAAAUCUGUAAGGUUUUAAAUUAUAUUUCGAUAAAUUUUUUCUUAUAAGUAAAGUAAAUAUGGUUCAUGAGUUUUAAAAGAGACACCGAGAGUCGAUAAACAAACAAAAAUGAAGCUAAAUCAAUUUUUUAAACAAAAGAAAGCAUACAAAUGUAGGAAGUUUAUAGACAUUUUUUUAAUUUUAGGUACACUUAUAGUGAAAAAAAAAAAACUCUAGACUUGAAUUUCCUUCUAUUGUCCUAUUUCUAAUUUUGUCUGUAAUCAAGAACUUUCACAGAAAAUGGUAAUUGUGUAUAAUAAUAAUUAUAUACAGUAAAUGAGAUAGAUCGUACUAAAUA